AUGGGACCCACAAACGGACCACCAUGUUUUCAAAAAACUAUGUCAAAUCUUCUGAAAUCGUGCCGUGACUUCACAUGUGUCUAUCUUGAUGAUAUUAUUAUAUAUUCCAAAACCCUGCAACAACAUCUUCAUCAUUUAACGCUCGUUUUUGAAAUAUUUACUAACAACAAAAUUGUUCUUAGUCCUUCUAAAUGUGAGAUAGUCGUCACCAAGGUGGAGUUUCUUGGGCAUAUCAUCACUGAAAACAGUCUUACUCCUAACAACGAAGCCAUCCAAGCCAUAAUUGAUCUUCGAGAGCCUCGUACACUAAAGGAAGCUAACAAGUUCUUAGGUGGAUUGGCUUAUUAUCGCAAAUUUGUACCUCAAUUUGCACAUAUAGCUGCUCCUAUUCACAAGGUAACCAAUUUAACAAAAGAUAAACGACAUUUAUUCCAGUGGACAGACGAACAGUCAAGAGCUUUUUUCAAUUUAAAAAACAUGCUCACCAAUGAACUCUAUCUUCAAUUUCCGGUUGAUGGCUAUCCUCUACAUUUGUGUACAGAUGCCAGCAGCAUUGCCACAGGCGGAGUAUUGUUUCAAGAAAUUAAUGGUGAGCGUCGCAAUAUUUUCUAUCACUCAAAAGUUCUCUCUCCUGUCGAGAGAAAAUAUUCUGUACCCGAGCAGGAAGCUCUGGCAAUAUUUCAGUGUCUACAACGAAUGCGCACUUAUGUUUUAGGACGAACUGUCUAUAUUCACACUGAUCAUUGUCCAAUUUGUGGACUUUUGAAAAAACCAGUAAAUAACCGACGCAUCGAACGUGUAGCUAAUCUGAUUCAAGAAUAUAAUAUUGCACAAAUGAAACAUAUUACGGGUAAAAGUAACUGUUUACCAGAUUUUCUCUCUCGACCAUUUGAUGACCCUCUCUUCGAUAUUCCUUAUGGUGUUGAAAGUAAACAGCCACUACCUUCAAUUAUUUCAUCGAUCUCCACGUCUCUGCCUUCUCCAAACUGUAUUUCACCUAUGGUUCUUCGUCCUCGUCAUAAACCACCUCCUCCUCCUUCUAACGACGACGAUGGCACCGCAAACGACGUCAUGAAAGCAGAAUUCCCAGCAGAUACAUUUCAUACCGUCGAUUCUGCUUCAUCUUCUCAAAUUAUUACUUCUCCAUCACCGAACAAUUUUAAUUGUUACGAUUUACAACAAGAACAAAACAAAGAUCCUGAUAUUCAGCAUAUCAUUACUCAGCUAAAUAACUCAAAUCACGACGUCAAUUCAUAUUCCUCCUUCAUCAUUAAGAAUCAGCUUCUUCACAAACUUAUUACAUUAUCUCCUAAUUCACAUUUGAAAACUGCAGUUCCUUAUCUUCCUACUUCAAUGAUCAAAUCACUUCUGACUUCCAUGCACGACGAUCCUUAUCAAGGUGGUCAUUUUUCGACUGAUAAAAUGUACUCAAAGCUGGUUUCUCGUUACUGGUGGCCUAAAAUGCGAGAGACUAUUCGACGAUACGUUCAAGCAUGUAUACCCUGUCAACAAUACAACUAUAGUCGUCAUAAAAAGGCUGGUCAUCUUCAUCCUAUUCCUCCCACAGAUAUUCCAUACUCGGUGAUCAGUAUGGAUUUUUGUGGUCCUUUCAUUGAGUCUCCUAGGGAGAAUAAGUUCGUUCUCGUCAUCUCCGACUUAUUUACAAGACAUGUCACUGCCAUUGCAACUCCGAAUAACACAGCAGAAUUAACGGCUAUGACACUUUAUCGAGAAAUCUUUUGUAAAUAUGGAGUCUGUUCUACCUUGAUUACUGAUCAGGGUACACAUUUCAACAAUCAUCUUAUGCGUGCUCUAACACAUCUCUUUGGUUACAAUCAUAUAUACAGUACUGCCUAUCACCCACAGACGAACGCUGUUACUGAACGUUUCAAUGCGUCAAUGAAGAUCCAAAUAUCUAAACUUGAAGACAAACACCAUAACAACUGGGACGACUACCUAGAUCCUAUUAUAUUUGCAUACAAUACUUCAAAGCAUAAGACUACACGAUUUUCACCAUUCGAACUACUCUUUGGUCGUUCUCCACAUCUACCAAUUGAUCCUCGUCCACAAUUCUACACUUUUGAUCGACCAAAUACCUGCUUUGAAAAUCUCAAAAGAAUUCUACAUGUUUAUCAUCAACAAGCUAAGAACAACAUCAUAAAACAACAAAAAUAUAAUAAAGAACGAUAUGAUAAACACCGACCUGAUCCUCAUUAUCAUAUUGGCGAUCUCGUCUUCACAAAAAUCUUCACUGCACGCGGAAAAUUAGAUCCUCGUUAUUCUUCACAACCACAUAUCAUUACCGAAAUCCAUCAUCCUACUUAUUCUGUUCUCAACGAAAAUACCGGCGUUGUCAAACAAUUUCAUGUCUCUGAUAUACGUCCAAUUAUUCCAGUCUAUGAACCUGAUUCCGAUAAUUAG